AUGAAUAAAGAGAAUAUAGUAGUUAUCGCUAUCAUAGAACUUAGAGUAGCUCAACAACAUGCUUCUAAAAUCAGGAAGAAGGUGGAGUUUACUGCGGUGUAUGGGCUGCAUACCAUAGCAGCUAGGAAACCUUUAUGGCAAACUCUAGUGACUAUGGAAGCAACUAUAGUCAACCCAUGGCUCAUCAUGGGUGACUUUAAUGCAGUCCUUAAUGAAGAAGAUAGGAUAGGGGGAAGUCAAGUACAGGAUGCCGAGACUCAAGAUUUUGCUAACAUGAUAGAUAAUACAGGGCUAACUAUGAUGAAGGCCACUGGCAGAUUCUAUACUUGGACAAAUUCCCAUGUACACAGCAGGAUCGACAGGGCACUAGUCAACUCAGCGUGGAUGAACAGGUGGCCGCAGGUAGAGGUGGAGGUGAAGGACCCCCAGUUCUCAGAUCAUGCUCUUCUAUGUGUCAAAAUAGGCACCAGCCCGCAAAGAGGAGCUAAGCCUUUCAGAUUCUUAAACCAUUUGUGCAAGCAUAAAGAUUUUCUAAGGAUUGUCCGGGAGAGCUGGGAGAAACCAGUCUAUGGUAAGGGUAUGGUAGAGGUAUGGAACAAAUUGAAGAACAUGAAGGAGGCAAUGAAACACCUGAAUACUGCGGAAUUCUCAAGGGUUGAAAAUAGGAUUCAGGAGACUAGACAGCAACUACAGGUUCUCCAAGAAAAGCUCAAGCUGAUACUCCAUGACCCCGUACUGUUUGAACAAGAAAGAGUACUAAAACAUGAGCUGGAGAAAUGGGUACUGGUUGAGGAAAGCAUACUCAAGCAGAAGUCAAGAGUACAGUGGCUGCAAUUAGGAGACACCAAUUCCGCAUAUUUUCAUGCUAGCAUAAAAAGUAGACUAGCCCAGAACCAUAUAAAUAUAUUAGUGACCACCAAUGGAGAGGUAUUAACUAAAGAAAAAGAGAUAGAGGAGGAUGCAGUAAGCUUCUACAAAGGGCUACUGGGGACCUGUGCUGCACAAUUACCUGCCAUUGAUCCACGGGUAAUGAACUCUGGGAAAAUAUUACAUCGAGAUUAG